UCCUGGUGCUUUGUUUAAAUCAUUUGAAACAAGGCAGCAAGCUGAGGAAUAUAUUCUUGGUCCUGAUAUUGAUAAAAACAAUAAAAUAGAAAUUUGGACAGAUGGAUAUUGUAAGAAUAAUGGAAAACCAGAAGCGAUUGCAAAAUUAUAUGCUGUAAUUCGUACUUUAGAGAUUUAUUUAGUAACUAGAAUGAACGAUUUGAUCAAAGAAAGAAAAGGAAAAGUUAGAAUUGAACAUGUAAAGGGUCAUAGUGGGGUAUAUGGAAAUGAGCAGGCAGAUAGAUUAGCAUAUUUAGGAUCAAAGAAAGGGAAU